AUGGCAAUAAAGCAUUUUAUAAACUCUUCGGAAGAAGUCACCAGUCUUAUAUAUGAUAGUCUGGAGGCGCUUAUCUAUCAGCAUUCUGAUCUCGCUCUGGAUAGGAAAGAGAAAAUUGUGUUUCACUAUUCAAAAUGCCCUCCUAACGGUGUCGCGCUUAUAUCUGGUGGUGGUGCAGGUCAUGAACCGGCCCAUGCCGCAUUCGUUGGUGAAGGUAUGCUGACAGCAGCUGUUUCUGGAAAUAUUUUUGCAUCUCCUGCUGUGUCUCAAAUUCUUAGCGCCAUUCGACGAGUUACUGGUCCGGCUGGAGCGAUAUUGAUCAUCAAAAACUACACUGGUGAUAUUUUCCACUUCCAUCAGGCUGCUGAACGUGCACGCGCUGCGUAUGGCUUACGAGUAGAGGUUGUCGUUGUCGGUGAUGACGUUGCCGUUGGCCGGAAGAAAUCUGGUAAAGUGGGCAGAAGAGGCCUUGCCGGAACAGUUCUUGUUCAUAAAAUUCUUGGCGCAAUGGCAGCAAAGUCCGGGGCUACAAUAGAUGAGCUCCUAGCUAUGGCAAAGAAAAUUACAUCAGGGUUGGCGACUAUUGGAGCAUCAUUGGACCAUGUUCAUUUGCCUGGUCAUCCAGUUAACGAAAUGCAUCACUUGAAGCACAAUGAGAUUGAGGUUGGAAUGGGCAUUCAUAAUGAACCAGGUGUCUCACGGUGGAAUCCGCAGCCAUCUCUUAGCGCAAUCUUAGAUCGCAUGAUUUCAAAUCUCACUGACAACGAGGAUGAAGAUCGUGCGUAUGUUAAUUUUGCGUCAGCCGAAUCAAUUAUUCUUCUGGUUAAUAAUCUAGGAGCUCUUUCACAAAUUGAGCUUGGAUCAAUAACCACUCAUACAGUAAGGAAGUUAGAAUCACGUGGAUUCAGGCUCUCAAGAGUCCUCAGUGGUACAUUUAUGUCGAGCUUGAAUGGACCUGGUUUCAGUAUCACUCUACUCUCUGCUACCAAUGCCAUGUUACCAUUUCUCGAUUCGCCUACUAAUGCCAUUGGUUGGCCUCUGGCACUCACAGAGAAUGGAUCAUAUUUGAGAACCAACGGCCGUAUUAUCGAUUCCGAAACCAGUCCUUGUAAUGAUGUUCAAAAAGUUAUGGCUGAAGCAGGAAUUCAAGUUGUACCCCAAACAUUCAGCUCUAUCGUAGGCAUGGUGUGUCAAUCAGCAAUCGACUUCGAGCCUGAAAUAACACACGCGGACACUAUUGUCGGAGAUGGAGAUUGUGGAAUGACUCUUAAGCGUGGAUGCAAGGCCAUACAACAGCAUUUCAGAGACAAUUCAAGCUCAUCACUUACGCAUAAUCUACUGGAAAUUGCGCACCUUGUUGAUUCAAAUAUGGAUGGAACCUCUGGUGCCAUAUACAGUCUAUUCUUCAACGGGCUUGCGUCCAGCGUGCAAGACCUUUCUAAAGCCAAAUUUGAAACUUUGAAUUUAGAGUUCUGGGCAUCGGCGGCAGAGAAUGCGCUGGUAACGGUGCAGAAAGCUACUCCUGCCAGGCUAGGAGAUCGGACGAUCAUGGAUGCGCUUGAACCUUUCGUUAAUACGCUCAAAGAAGGUGUAGAGUGCGCAUAUUUGGCGGCAAAGAAAGGAAUGGAAAGCACUAAGGGCAUACCGCCGGCAUUUGGUAGAUCUGUGUAUGUUAAUGAAGCUGGUUGGUAUCAGGUGCCUGAUCCAGGAGCUAUGUCGGUUGUUGCGUUAGCAAAAGGCUUACAAAAUGCAAUGCAGUAA